AUGGCGGCCACCGUGGAGGACCAUACCGGCCCUAGCCGAAAUAACGAAUCUGAUCAGUCUCCACUUGCCUCCGUAUCUGCGCGUAACAGAAUAUCCAUCGACGCGUUUUACGCGCCUGAAAUGAUCGAGUUCUGGGUAAAGAAGUAUCAAGAUGCGAAGAACGAGCUUGAUCUGCUCAAGGUUCGCAUAUGCAUCACAUUCUCCUCUUCUGAAGCUUCGUGCCGGGAUUCUGACAAGGCAGUGACUGUGUGUCUGAUACAGCGACACCUCUUUACGCAGCCUGAUAGGAACGAGCUCCAGCAGGAGCAGAAGAGCCUAAAGACGCUCGUAUCUCAAUUGAAGUCAGAAAGUCGCGCCCGGGCUGCCCACGAAAAAGAGUUGACCAAGACAGUCGUGAAGGCGCAGCAGCAAAAGGACAAGUGGCGGGAAGAAGUUGUGCGUUUCGAGAAGGAAAGGACAGAGACGGUCAGAAAGGUCGCCGAUCUGGAGGCGCAGAACGAGGCGCUCAAACAAUCGAGGACUUCUAUGGUCAAUGUAAUGCUCUGGCUGCGGAGGCUGAUCAAAGUAGGAGGGCCGAGGUCGAGGAAAUUCACGCCUGUUUCAUUCAUUGAUCCUGUGUUUCUUGAGGGCAUCAAGCCUGUCCAGCUUCCGGAGACACUGUUGGACGUGCUUGGUCCGAAGGUGUCGCUCAUGCUCAGCGGCGAUAGACCAUCAAUGCAGAGCGAUAUCCACUUCAUUCGUCGUCCGCCGAUCUGCAUGCCCCUUCGCGUAGAAGAAUGUGGGAUGCAUGGACACUGGUUUUAUCCAACAGCACAAGUACGGGAAAACGAGCCGGUUGACCUGGUGAUCGAGAGUACACCAAACAUGUGGAUGUACUUAGGGAAAUACCUAUGCGCGUUUAUGCCGGGAAGCGAGAUGAAGUUGUCAGAGUGGAUGACUUUAAACGAGAUAACAAAAGUGAUACACUGUCGGCAAGUAGCGAGUGCCGGCCUGCCUCCAGAUCAAAGCGCGUCGUUACCGGCUCAAAUGACUAUGAAACGGCGCUACGAGACGGGCGAGUGGAGCGUCCCGUGCUUCAGUCUACGGUGUGUGGGCUUUAACGUCGAUCUGUACAACGGUCUCCCUCUCGCGGUAGAGGAGCUUAUGAGGCCCAUGGCUGCGCUGGAAAAGAGGCCGGUGGGACCAGAUGCUGAGAACGACGCAGUGAACAAGAGAAUCAGGAUCACACAAAGCCCUGGCCGGCCUUCGGGGAAUGGCACAGACGUCAGCCCAGCACAGAUUUCUUCGCUGACGUAUGAUCCGCAUCCUGAGCUGAAUCCAGAAAACAUCCUUGCGAGUCCUCAUUCCAGCUAA